AUGUCUGCCGCACCAAACCAGCCCGGCCUCGUCUCCAGCCACGCCCAGUAUAUCAAGGGCGCCGCUGAAGAGACCAUCGGAAAUGUAACGGGCAGCGAGCCAUGGAAGGCAUCAGGCGCCUCGGACAAGGAGCACGCCGUCGAAGCCAUGAAGGCAGCAUCGGCAAACCGCGACCCACAACAACAAGGCAUGGGAAGUCUUGAGGAAAAGGCAGGCAACUUGGUUGGAUGUGAAGGCAUGCAAAAGGAGGGCGCUCAGAGCAAGCAGUAA